UUAACCCGGGUUGUGUAUUCUUCCUACGCUGAAGCUGUGCUAGUGUAAACAGGGGGUCAGUAGCAUGUAGGCUAAUGUGCGCAGUGGCUCUGGUUGGAGGCUCGGUAUCAGGAGCUGUGCUCUCCCCCUGUCCGCUCACUCUCCCGGCACUUCAGCACUUUUCCCUCAGAGAAGCAGCGAGGAGCUGUGCAGGAAGAGUAGGGUUGCUCGGGCAGGCCUGCAGUCAGCGCUGAGUGUUCAGUAUGAGGAGGCAGAGAGCGGAGUGGAGCGGCUGUGUGCUCAGCCUGCUGCUGGUAGCGGCGCUCUGCCAGGCGCAGCACUUCCUCCUACAGAACACUGCGUCCCAGUUUCUCAUGCGGCACCGGCGAGCAAACACAGUGUUUGAAGAGAGCAGGAAGGGCAAUUUGGAGCGAGAGUGCAUUGAAGAGCUGUGCAGUAAGGAGGAGGCAAGGGAGAUCUUCGAGAACAUCCCUGAGACGGAAUACUUCUACCCAAAAUAUACAGAGUGUUUGGUGUACUAUCGCGUCAACAGCUACAAUCCGAACAACGCAGAUUCUGGAAUUCCUCAGGACCUCCGCACCUGUGUUCAAGAGAUCAAUGACCAGUGCUUGCCGCUGCCGUGCUCUAAGGAGGGAUACGAGCGCUGUGUUGAUGGUCAGGGUACCUAUACUUGUGUGUGCAAACCUGGCUGGAAAGGGCUUCACUGUGAGGAGGAUAUUGAUGAGUGUAAGGACCCAGAUUUCCUUGCUGGUUGUAAGCAGGGGUGCCAGAACACACUCGGGAGCUUCCAGUGCUUUUGUUAUAGUGGUUACUACCAGCAUGACGUGAUCCACUGUAUAGAUAUUAAUGAGUGUAGGCUUCACCCCAGCCAAUGCAAAGAGCCGUCCAGAUGUAUCAACAGUCCAGGCUCAUACAUGUGCCAGUGCCCUACGGGAUACGUGUACAACUCUACGUAUCAUGAGUGCCAGGAUGUGGACGAAUGUGAGCAGGACAGAUGUAAGGGCUUGUGUGUAAACACAGUGGGCAGCUACACUUGUCACUGUGAUGGACGAGAGAGGUUGAAGCUGGCGGAUGACGGGCACUCCUGUGAGCAAAUCCCUGAAUGUCUUGGGCUCUACAACCACAAGUACGGGGAGAUACUCUACCUGGGAGAGCAGUUCACAGGCCAGCCUAUGAUCUACCUGCACUUUCGAUUUCCAGAGAACAGAAACAACAGGUUUGCUGCUGAGUUUGACUUCCGGACGUUCGAUCCGGAGGGUGUAAUCUUGUACGCUGAAUCAUUGGAGAACUCGUGGUUCAUGCUUGGUUUGAGGAGUGGACGCAUUGAGGUUCAGUUCAAGAACCAACACUCUGUUAAAGUCACCAGUGGAGGAAAAGCCAUCAACGAUGGCCAGUGGCACGUGAUAUCAGUAGAGGAGCUGGAGAACAGCAUCAGUGUGAAGAUCAGUAAGGAGGCAGUGAUGAGUAUUAAUAACCCUGGCAACCUAUUCAUGCCUGUCAACGGCAAACUGGAGGCCAAAGUUUACAUCGCUGGCUUUCCCAAUCGCACCAACAGCGUCAUUAAACAAAUCAACCCCAGAUUAGAUGGAUGCAUCCGUGGCUGGAAUCUGAUGAACCAGGGGGCUUCUGGAGUAAAGGAGUACAUUCAGGGGAAAGAGAGCAAGCAUUGCUUUGUGCACGUGGAGAAAGGAUCCUACUUCAGUGGUGCUGGAAUGGCCCAGUUCAACAUUGACUACAAUGUUGGUGGUCAGUGGAGAGUAGAUGUGGUGAUGAGCAUUCGACCGUCCAGUAGCACAGGCGUUGUCUUCGCCCUCGUCAGCAACGACGCCGUCCCUCUCUCUGUCUCUGUGCUAACUCAAGAACCAAACGAUGCGUACCUGCAGGUGUUUUUAGACAACAUUCCUGUUGUGAAGCUCGAGUCAUUGAUGCUGUGUUACCCAGAACGCUUAGAAGUGGAGAUGCAUGUGUCUGCUCAUGACCUCCAGAUCUCGGCGAACUCCUCCACUGUGUCCUACACUAAGACCGAAGCUCUCAGACAGGCUUUAACCAAGCUCAAUGCCACCAUGCAGCAACCAGUCUUUACUUAUAUUGGAGGACUGCCAGAUCUCCCCCUGUCCUCCAUGCCGGUCUCAGCUUACUACCACGGCUGCAUGGAGAUCCGUGUGAAUAAUCAGCUGCUUGACUUUGAUGAAGCCGUCAGCAAGCACAACAGCAUCAAAUCUCACUCCUGUCCCCCAGUUUCCCCUCCAGAGAGCAUCUCCUCCCACUAAUCAGGAAGUGAAGUCUAUGAUGCUGUUAUUAUUAUUGCUCUGUGUCCUGUUGUAGAUACUUAUUAGAAUAUGCUGAGUGAGAGAGACAGGGUAAGACACAGAAUGGUGGGACUGUGGUGCUAGUUAUAGAUUUUCCUACACCUCCACUAAACCACACGAACCAUUGAGUAUUCUGUUACAAACACUGUUGUACUGAAACUACAGAGGACAUUCUUAUUUGUACAUUCCUACUUUAUUGUAAACACAUAGCUUAUGAAGGAGAGCUUUGAUUGGUUUUAAAAUAUGUACUCAAAUUGUAUUCAGUAAGAUUUAUGAGUAUGAUCUAUUAGGCUCAUGCAGUUUUAAUUCGACAUGAAUGAUGUGCUUGUCAUGGGACAAAUAGGUUUUCCAUGUAAAAAAAAAAAAAAAGAUUUUUUAAAUUUUAUGUUUAGUUUUUUUUUUUUGUUGUCGGAAUUUUAAGAUAGAGAGGUUGUUAAAUGUAAUAAAAAAAUGGCAAUAAUUCAACUGUUAAUGAGUUUUAAUUUAAAAAAAAUACUUGUAGAUGUCUUUAUUUGCACUCGGGGUGAUGAAGAAACAUCUGUACGCCUUCCUGCACCACAGAAUGACUACUUUUGUCAUGGUAUAUUUAAGGAAGAAGACACAAUGGGGCAUGCUGUUAUAGGAAAACAAUCAACAAAGGGUUGGUGUGAUGUGGCCCGACAGGAAGUGGCGUUACUGUUAUCACCCCAAAGUUGAUUAUUUUCAAUACCAGCACAUUCUAAAGUGUUUUAUUCCCCCUAUACUACAGAAAUUUACCAAAUCAAACAAUUAUUUAUUAUGCCUGGCCACUAGGUGGUGGAGACAUUAUGUUUUCAGGGUGUCUGUGCGUCUGUUCGUCUGAGAUUCUCUUUAGUACAAUAUCUCAAGAAUGAGUGGGUGAAUGUUGUAGGAUUUAUAUGGAAUUGUCAUUGUAACCAGCAGAUGAGCUAAACAUGGUCAAGAUCACAGCGACGUCAAAUGUCUAGACUUGGUGGUGGAGGCUUCCCAGCAGACACCACUGGUGUUGAAUUCUACUUGUUUAUUCAUUAAAGAACAAUGUGUUAAACUUUUCUUAUCUACAAUAUGUAUAGUAACAUUUAAUGAUGUGGAAUGUCCAUGUAACAACUUAGUUCCUGUUAUCACUUACUUUAUAGCAGCUAUAAACAAUUGUUCCUCCACAAGCCU